AUGCGACUCAAGUUGAUGAUACUCAAGGCCUCGGGGAAGAUCGCCGCCAUGAAUACCGCAUUUCAGUUCCCACUUCUCGACCUGCCCAACGAGCUGAUUGCGAACGUGAUUGAGCACGUCGACAGCCGCAAGACACUGCGGAAACUCAGCAGAACGUGCAAGAGAGUGCAGCAGCUCACCGAGCCCGUGCUGUACCGCUACGCGCUGAUCCGAGAUGGCGACCGCACGCGCGACCUGUUGCGCUCCGUCGAACAUCAGCCCGCACGGGCCAAGGCCAUACACGAACUCGACAUCCCCUGCGACUGUCGGUCGGCGACGUGGUUUGAAGGCUUGGCCAGACUUCUAGAGACUACGAUCAAUCUAAAGCGCUUGAUGCUUGAAAUGCCGCAGGUCAACAAUGGCGAGUUCGAAGAUGAGGAGCCAUACGAGCAGAUGACAUCUGCCUUACUGCGCCCAUUUCAAGCAGCAAUAUCGGAUGCCGACUCGAAGCCACUCCAGAAGCUGCAACACCUGAUGUUGCAUCUCAACGGGGCCGAAUCACCUUACUGGACACUCGAUCAGAACACUCUUUGCAUUUUACAGCUACCUUUACUCAACAGUCUGACGCUUUCGUGUGUCAACAUUGGAGACCACCUCGCGGAGCACAUUCAGGCCGCAUCCUUCGUUUCUCUAAAACAUAUGACAUUAGAAGAAUCGAACAUCACGCAUCAAGGCCUACGAGUACUUUUGUCGCUGCCAAGAGGGCUCGAAACACUACAUCUGGGAGAGAAUUGUCACAACUGCCAUCACUUCGAAGACAUCAUCGAUCCCGCUGCGAACAACCUUUUCAACAAUGACCCUGCAGCAACUCUCGAAGCCAUCAGUCAGCAGAGCCAUAGUCUGAAAACGCUCGUCUACGUGACACCUGAGCUCUUCAACGGCUGGCGACGAAAGAUGCCCAAACGCUCCGCCGUUGAUGCUGGCUUUGCCGGUUUCCAUCUCUUGGAGAAUGUCACACUGCACGGCAGAUGCCCCAACUUCGAGCGAGCUGUGUUGUCUUCUCGUGCACCACCAAACCUCAAGGUCUUGACAUAUCAAAUUGAUCAAAUGUUUUGGCCACCCUAUAUGGACAGCUCAGCCGAUGCGCCACUUGCCACGAUCCCAUUUAUUCGAGCCCCAUCGAGUUCCGUGCCGCCAUCACUCACAACAUUGCGCAUCAUUGGACACAUUCAGGAGUUGACGACCGCAAUGAAAGGUCAAAUCGAGGCUGCUGCGCGAGGCAUGAUGAAGAUGGGCAUCAACUUCGAGCUACAUUUCGAGACCUGGUCCUCUUACUUUCCUCCAUAUCUUUAUGGUGAGCCUUUGCCAACGACGACCUGCGUGUACGAUGGCGGGUGGAACGAGGCUGCGACAGAUCCGCACUUAGGGCUGUGGUCUCAGUUGGAAGACUAAUGGAUCGCACGAUUACGAAG